CUCCCUCACCCGCGCCUGCUUACAAGCUCCCCGGGGCCGCAGGUGCGGACCACGGCAAAAUCCCACGCCCCGCGGAGAUCCGCCACCUCCAGGGAGGGGAAGGGGAGGCGAGGGCCGGUGACGCUCCCAGGCUGAUGUCUCAGAUUGUACCUUUUUAGCCAAGAAGCAUGGAGGUAAUUCACGGCAGGCCUUACUGUUGCAGGGAGCUUGAAGGAGCUGACAUAUUGUCAAACACCUUUUACUCUAAUCAAGUACACACUCCACUGCAAACAGCCACUCGCCCAACUGCCUCAGAGGACAGGUACCAGGAAUUAAGAGAGUCACUCCAGCAGUGCAGGCGUCCAUGGGGCGCUGAAAGAGAAUAUGGUGGGAUAAUACCAAUCUCCCUCCCAGAGGAGCACAGGCCAAAAUGUGAGCCUCCCCGUGUCAUGGGCAAAGGACAUCAGCACUACGGGUUUGGUGGAAAAAUCUGGCCAAGAAAGCUUCCUAUUGAACAAUUCUAUUAUUUGACAGAGAACAAAAAAAGUGACAUCUAUGAAAAUGAUUCUUUGUUACCCAAACCACCUAAUUCAACAGUAGGGGAGACGUGCUCGCCAUACCCCAUUGAACACCCCUUCCACACCCACAUCUCUCGCGGCGCCAUGUUCCCGACCUUUACAUCGCCUGAGGAUCUCUACACGGGCGUCAGAGCCCACAACUGCCAGCCCUUCCCUCCCACUGUGCCAACCAACCCUUAUGACACAAGAGUUUUGAAGACAAGAGGCAAUCCUUACAGAUAUGAACUGCUUGAUUUUCCCAUGGAUUCAAGGAAGAAAGCAUUGACUUGGCCUGGUCAGGGCGUAUAUUAUGAUUUUCCUAAAUAUGUUGAGAAAAAUAAGCCAGUAUUCUACCCAAAACCUCCUAAAACCUUCGCUCCUAACACGUCCUUAAAUUCGUGGGACCCUAUUUACUCUGCAAAAGAAGCCAACAUACGAAGGAACCUUGAGAGGUCACACUGGAUCACUUCAUACACUCAUGAUUUUACAGGUCUGGGGCCCAUGAACCCACUUGAACUGGAUGAUUAUCAUGAAAAGGAGGUAGCAGAGUUAACUGGACAGAUAGGAUUUGACCCAGAGCCUCAAGAAAAAUUCCAUCCUGCCUUAAAACCUCCCAGGCCCUUGGAAGGACGAAUUGCCCGACUGAUUCAGAACCAGCGUCCUCUGGAGGCUAUUGUCCAGCAAAGACCACCUUCCUGUCCAGAUUGUACUCCUAGGGUUUUAUGUACAUUUCAUACUUUUAUACCCAGUUCCACAGAAAUGAUGGCACUUGGCGAUAACACACCAGCUGGUGUGACCCAUAAAAACCAGGAUAUUGAAGAGAAGAUUAAGAAAGAACAGAGCUUGCUAUCUACCUAUCCACUCUCACCUUGUUACCCAACAAAAGAUCUGACUAGCAAUUAUGACAUAAAACCAUUUCCAAAAAUCACAGAUACUAAAAAGACAGACGAUUUGUACUGGAGACAGCUGUACUUUACCCAACCCAUACCUUACUGUAAACCAAACCAUUGCACUCACUGUGAACAUUUUAAAUCUUCCCUACAUGAUCAGGAUACUACAUGUCCAAACCCUGUUAUCCUUAGUAAGCCUAGUAUUUUACAAAACAAACUAGACACAGAAGCUUCCACUUUAGAACAUUUUUUGAGGAUGCCAGAAGAACAGUUGUGCUCGAACAUGGAAAAUGACGAAGAAACAAGACCCAUUCUGGGUUGGAUUCCUAGAGCCGGAGUGGCCAAGCCACAGACCAACUUGCUGGAGCUUAAGAAUGCUUUUUCAAAAACUGAUGCCCAAAAUCGUUUCCAUAAAUCAAUUCUAGAAGACCCUAAAGACCUCAGAGAUAAGGAGCAUUCAGGGAUGAAACACCAAUUCUAUGGAUAUAAUUCCUAUUAUUUCUAUAAUUGAGAUACUCAUUCUUCUCUUCAAAACCCAGCCUCUUGCAAGAAAAAAUAUAUAUAACAGAAUUUCCUUCAAAUUGCUGGAUUCUGUUUUCUAGAUUAAGUCAUAAGGGCCUGGUUAAUGAGGUUUAUGUUUUCAGGAAUUUAAAUUAGGAUCGGUCAGAGGAACCCAGAAAAGAUGAUGUCCUGACUUCUUGAAAAGUUUAAAAUAAAAUAUUAGAACCAGAAAAAUAUGUAUUCUUUAGUCUCAUUUUCACAUUAUACUCCAAGGAAAUUAUACAAAAUCAUGAAAAACAAUGUGUACCACAAAGUUUACAUCAUCGUUUUACAAAAAAUAAAAAUGUAAAAAGAACUCUCCUGCUUAAUAAUCAAUGGAUGACCAUAAAAACUAUAUAGUACCUUAACAAAAUAAAUAUGAGAACACUAUUCUAAUCUGUAAAUGUUUGCACAAAAUGAUACUAGUUAGGAAAGACAAAACUUAAAAAUGCCCAGUUAAUUGAGGAAUGGACAGUUCUACAAACUCUAUUCAUAAA